AACGAAAAUAGAAAUAUAGCGUAAGCAGUUACUAUCGAGCUCCAGAAGUUCUUCAAGUACAAUUUCAAUACAGAAACACAAUGGGUGACAAAGGAGAUAUGAAGAAAGAUGUGCAUGAUGCUAAUCCCAACCCAGUGUCUGACACCGAUGCCAGAUACGGACAAGGUUUUGGAGGAAUUUCCUCGAAGGUACAAGGUCGAAAACCCGUCCAAAGAACCGCCAUAAUAACAGAGGCGGAACUGAACAGUUCCCGGUACAAGAUGGACCACGGGAGUCGCGGGAAGGCACUCAUUAUUAAUAACAAAGAGUUCAAGGGCAACAUGGGACUCGGGGACAGAAAGGGAACGGACGUGGACGCCGCCGUCAUGUACCAGAGGCUUCAGGAACUUGACUUUGACGUCACGUUAGAACACAACCUGUCUGCGGACAAGAUACAACAAAUUCUACUGAACUUGUCGCUAGAAGAUCACAACGAUUGUGACUGCCUGUUUGUCGUUGUCCUGAGUCACGGCGAGGAGGGCGUGGUCUUCGGCACUGAGGGGUCGGUUGAGGUCAAGAAACUCUUCGAACCCUUCAAAGGAAACAGGUGCCCAAGUCUGGCUGGAAAACCUAAAAUAUUUGCCAUACAGGCAUGUAGAGGUUGUCAGUUUGACGACGGCAUGGACGUAACAGUUGCUGAUGCUGAGGGUAUGAUGGAGAUUGAUCAGACUGUAAGGACACAAUCCAUCCCCGCCGAGGCGGACUUCCUCGUCGCCUAUUCAGUUGUUCCUGGUUUCUACUCUUGGCGGAACUCCACAAACGGGUCAUGGUUUAUUCAAGCCUUGUCCGUGGCCCUGCAGGACAAGAAGCUCAAAGACCUGGAUUUCUUGCGUCUGCUCACCGUCGUAAACAGGAAAGUGGCAUAUCAAUUCCAGUCACAGACGUCGGACCCCCGUAUGGCACUUAAAAAACAGAUCCCUUGUAUAACUUCUAUGCUGACAAAGGAGAUAUACUUCACCCCAAAGUAACAUUUCGUAGCUCAUGAAUUAGUUGUAAAUUUGAUAUUGGAAUGAAAAAUGAAGGCAACAAACUACAACGUGUAAUUAAAUCUUGUACGAUACUGAUAAGCUUUAUUGAGAUACUAUAAGUAUGUGUAUGAAAAAGUAUGAACCUGUCAGUUACAUGUUUUGAUAAAGAAAAACUUGAAAAAGGACCUGAAAAAUAAGAUGGCUCAUGCACUUAACUCAUUCAACCCCUGAAAUUUCAUAACUCAUUCAACCCCUGAAAUUUCAUAAUGAACUACUCCAACCUUUAAAUUGGAAGAGUUCAAAGGUGUCUGUAGGGGUGAAUGAGUCAAUCAGUGCUUGGUUUCAUGAGGAAUAGAUAAUCAGGGUUUUAAUAAGAUUUCAAGUUGCAUGCAUCCAACACAACGUAGGCAGAGUACAUUUGUAUAGUACCUCUUUCGUAUUCUUGUAAUAUUUUUUAUGAAGUAGCCGGUGAAAUGUCUUUAGUAAGAGAGUAUUUUCACCAACAACUGGCUACAAAUGAAACCCCUGGAUGGUUAUUUUAUUCUUGCAGCAAUUCGAAACCGUUUUAUUUAUCAAAAGUAGUACAUGAACUUUUGUCAAAAAGAUUUUUCAGCGAAUCUUCUCCAGAGUAAACGUAUGGGUAAACUGAUAUUACGAAAACAUUAUUACAGUUUUAAAUGAUCAUUGUGAAAACUGGUAUAUUUAUUAUAUAUAUAUAUAUAUGUCUGGAAUUUUGUCUUAAUGGUAACAAAUUCAUUUGAUUAUUUCAUGACAUGGUUUCCUCCACCAAUUACGAAUUGAACAAAGAAAAAUGCAGAAAAAAAAAUGACCAAAAGAAUUUUGUUUUGUGUUUCUGCACAAUAUGCUAUAUGUGUAAAUGUGUUUUUUAAGAGACAACAUUUUAAAGAAACGAACAUUAAAUUAUAUUUUCCUUGAUACUGUUCUUUCUAGCUCAUGCAUGCUGAAAUGAUCAAUUGUCUCAUUAAGCUAAGAAUAGAUAUUUUUUUCAAAGCCAUGGUGAAAGCGUAGCGUGCCACUGGAACUAUGUAUACAUCUACAUUGUGAUGAUAUGACGACAGAAUGAUCAAGCUCAAUUUUUAACCCUUUCGCCCCUAUGUAACUUUAGUAGACAAUACUAUGCAUUGAUAUGGACAAGUCCAUUAUGGUCUACAGUGGUGAAAGGGUUCACACAAAAAUUUUGAAACAAAUUAACAGUGUUUUACUCCAAUGUUGAUGGGUUUUUUCUAUUCAUAUACAUGUACAAUUCAGUCUGCUGAUAUGACCUGAACUUUUAUUCAGUUUGAUCUCAUUAAGAAAUGUGUAAGAAACCUUUUUCUUCUCCCCUUUUUUGACUUAUUUUCAUUUACUAUACAUUAGUAUUUCUACUUGAUAUUAUUUUCAGGAAAUCUUUUGUACAUUUUGAUGUGUUGAUAUCUGGUAGCUCAAAAAUCUGCCAGAUUACCUCCCUUCAUCAUUUGAAAACAUGUUACCGGUACUUGAUAGCAAAUUUUAUAAAUUUUGAUGGUACAUUUGUUUUUAAUUUGUGAAAAAGGAUGUUGACCUAAAUAAUUCUUAUCAUUAGCACUUUGAAAAAAAAAAAGUUUAAACAUUAAAGCAUUUGUUUUAAAAAAAAUCCCAUAUACAAUGAUGUAUAAUGAAUCUGCUAAUUUGUUAUUUUACAGACGUGUAAAGUCUUAAGAGAAAUAGACGACUGCUUUAUUGUAAACCUCCAGAUGAAAUAUCACGUUUCAAGACAACUUAUGUCAAAUAAGUACCUUAUAUAUAAAUGUGCAAAGAAAUUUGAGAAACAAUUUGAAAAAGGGAGGUAAUCUUGUGGGCUGCCAUUAUGUCACAUGACAAGUGCUAAACGUUUUACAGGUUCAUGAGAUUGAAUUUUCAUAAUGACAAAAAAAAAUGUCAGUUUGGAUUUUAAAACAAACUAUUCUUGUUCUUGUUGUACAGUGUGGAAGAAGUAUGAUGGAUGUAGAUGAUUUGAUGUUUUAUUUCUCAGAUAAUGUCAAUUAAGAAGGGUUAAACGAGGGCGUGACUAUUUAGUGUAUAUAUGGUAUUUGUCUCCUAGGUAUGUUGUGUGUGCUCUUGUUGAUAGAUAAAUAUUACUUUUUAUACCUUAACUAUUAAAUUAAUUCAAUAAGUAUUGUAUACAUAAGAAAAAAAUCUAACUUUGUACUAAGGAUUUAGUUGUAGAUCAAAAUCCAAGAUGGCUGAUUGUAAAUGUGUAAGCUCCCAUAAUAAAAGGCUUUUUAUAAUUUUUAGAUUUGUUUAAAUCUGUAAAUUAUUUUUUUAUUGAUGAUUUGAAGAUAAAAGGGAUGUUUAAUUCGCUGUCCAUACAUUUCUAGUCAAGUCUGUGUCUGCUUUCAAAGUACUGACUUAAUAAAUAAUAAGUCAAAUAUUUCUAUCCAAUUGUAUUCUCAAAUCUUCUAUUUCUAUAAUUUAUUUAUAAAUCUUGCUAAGAUACCACAUUUGAUUUUAUCUUUAGUUUAGUGAGUAUGGCAAUGUAAGUGAAACAAUAUAUUUAUAAUUUACAAUUUUCAAAUGAACAAUUUUUGGAUUUGUAUUUUUCUUUCCAUUAUUUUUUUUUUUUUACAUAAUUGUACUUGAAUCGUUAAGUUUUGAAUAUUGAUAAGAAAGUCCAUUGAAGUUGGGAGUGUUUAAUACAAUAUAUUGUAUAUUGACAAAAAAUCACACAAACGAGUCUUGUUAAUCCAGCAAAUCAUGUCCAGUUAUUUCAAUAUACAGGUAGCGUGGGUUUUUUUUGUUGUUUUUUUUUAUUUCAGCUGAGGGAUGUACAUUUUCCAGUUAAAAAAUGUUCAAUUAAUCUUGCCAUUUUUCACUGGAAUUGAAUGGUCUCUGGAUUAACAAGAUUCCAGAGUUAUUGUCAUUUGAGUACGAUUAGAUUUGUUAAAAUGUUGGAACAAACAUCUAUUCACUGAUAUUAAAUGCUGUGUUUCACUCUCUGAUAUAGCCAUUGUAAUAAUAAUUAACAGCAAUACUUUCCUCUAGGUUUUCAAUUUCAUACUGAAUAUUGUUUUGCAAGACCAGAGAAAUAUAAAAGGGCAACAAGAACAUUUUAUUACAGGGAAAUGUAGCAUUGUUUUAACUGUAAAAUGAAGUGAAGGCCAUUUUUUAUUUAAAUUUUAUUUUUUUCCACAUUUUUCUUACGUAUUCUUCAAAGGAAAUUUUGCCAAAUUCCCUAAGGAUAUCAUACUACAUUUCCACUAGUAUUGAUUUAGUUUAUAUUGUGUGUUAUUGAAUGUAAAUUUCAAAAAUGAUUUAUAAUUUGCAGCAUUUCUUCUUUAUAUAUAAUGGACAUAAUGGACAUAAUAUACACAUACAAUAUUAUAACCUUAUUUGUCUGGAUGCUUUGGUAUGCUAAAUACGAAAAGAAAAUUUCAAAAAAUAAAAUCAAAAAAUAUUCAGAUCAUUCAUCAGAAAGAAUUCAGUAGAAAUUGUAAAGAAUUUUGUUCAUGAAUACAAACAUUUAGGAAAUCAACUUUUUUCGAAUGUUCAGUCAAACUUCCAUAAAUCGGACUUCAAAGAUUCAAAUUACUUGAUGUGUCGAACUUAAGGAGCUGUCCGGAUUUCCCCCCCCCCCCCCCCCCCCUCAUAUCUAACACUAAUGAUAUACCACUUGCAAGUUGAAUUUCUAGCUGGUUCGAAUUAUAAUCCUGGUCGGAUCAUUAUGAAAACAUUGAAAAUAACAACGAAUGAAUAAAAAAAAAUAUGAAUAGCACAAGAACAUUGAAACGUCAUGCGGUCAAUUUAACACCUAAGCGUGCAAAUUACAGCGUAUGAACCAAUAUAAAAAUAUUUCUCUAUUGACUUUCAAUGCAACACUUAAAGAUUUUUUCUUGCCCUGUGUUCCGUCGUUUAACAAUCCCAUUCAGUCUUAUGCAGUAUAUACAGGAUCUCAGAGAUUUUCAAAGUUCAACAUUCAUGAUUCGAAGUCUCUGUGUUUAAUUUUUUUUCUGAUGGUCUCGCAAAAUUUUUAAAAUAUUGAAGUUUAACUGUAUUUUGUUCUUCAUUCAUAUUUCAUAUUUCUAUGCUCAGACAAUCAGGAUAGCAAAUUCAUUUGUAGCUAAAGAUAUAGCCUUGAUUUUAUUUUGCAGCGACCAAAUUGUCCAGACACAUAUUGUUUCAGUUCGUAAUAUAUAUAUUGCUUGAAUAUACUGCCCCAAUCCUAUAUAAUAUCUGUCAAUUUUUUUAGUGACAGUUUGAUUUGAGUGCUUAUUUAUAUUUUAUUCACUGCCCUCAAGGUCAUCUGAAUGUAUAAUCAAUGUCAACGAUUUAUUUUUCUCUCUCUGUUUUAACACAAUUUUUGUGCUAUCCUGAAAAUCUACUUAUAAUUAUUGUGACCACAUAAUUUUUUUACCAAAAUUCCAGGAAAGAUGUGGGAGAAAAAUGAGUCGAUCAUUACAAGGGUAAAAUGUCUGUAUCCCCCAUACCUGUGCGUGAUAACCUCUUAUAUCAGCAUACCGGUAGCGUUCACUAUAGUAAAAUGUUAUCAUAUUUGAAAUUAAUUAUUUGACUGAAAAAAUAUUUUGGUUGCCUACUAACAUAAUUCAUUUUAUAAGAGCCAAAAACUGAAGAUUAAGUGGACGUUUCUUUUCACAUUAAUAUCAGAUCUGAAGAAAUUGUCUUAUUCAGUUCAUUUAGAAAUAGGACCAUGAUGUAUUAGGGCUUGGUUUGAUAUGGCUUGAACUAGUAUAAACAUCAUUUAUUUACAAAAUAAAAUAUGUAACUUUUCAUCUCUUGUUGAGUUACCGACUCCAAAGAAA